AUGGCCAAGGGACUCCUGGUGACCUAUGCCCUCUGGGCUGUAGGGGGCCCAGCUGGGCUCCACCACCUGUACCUGGGAAGGGACAGCCAUGCCUUACUCUGGAUGCUCACCCUGGGAGGUGGCGGAGUGGGCUGGCUCUGGGAGUUCUGGAAGCUCCCGAGCUUUGUAGCGCAGGCCAACAGAGCCCAAAGGCAGAGGCAGAACCCGGAAGAGCGGACACCCCCUCUGAGUCCCCUUCGCUUUGCUGCCCAGGUGAUAGUGGGCAUCUACUUUGGCCUCGUGGCUCUGAUUAGCCUUUCUUCCAUGGCCAACUUCUAUCUUGUGGGCCUCCCACUGGCAGUUGGCUUAGGUGUUUUGCUGGUGGCUGCUGUUGGCAACCAGACCUCAGACAUUAAGAACACAUUAGUGGCAGCAUUUCUUACUUCCCCUGUCUUCUACUGCCGCCCCAUAGCCAUCCUGCCCAUCAGCUUGGCUGCCAGCAUUACAGCUCAGAAGCAUCGCCGUUACAAAGCUUCAGUAGGGUCAGAGACCCUUAGUGUACGGCUCUACCGGCUUGGCUUGGCUUAUCUGGCUUUCACAGGCCCACUAGCCUACAGUACCUUCUGCAACACAGCUGCCACUCUCAGCUAUGUGGCAGAGACCCUUGGGUCCUUCUUGAGUUGGUUCAGCUUCUUCCCCCUUCUUGGUCGCCUCAUGGAGUCUUUCCUCCUUCUGCCUUACCGAGUCUGGAGGCUGCUGGUUGGGGAUCCCGGCUUCAGCAGUGGCUCCUUCCAGGAAUGGGAGCAGCUCUAUGAGUUUGUGCACAGUUUUCAGGAUGAGAAGCUGCAGCUGGCUUACCAGGUUUUGGGCCUCUCUGAGGGGGCAUCAAAUGAAGAAAUACAUCGGAGUUACCGGGAGCUAGUGAAGAUCUGGCAUCCUGAUCACAACCGCCACCAGACAGAGGAGGCCCAGAGGCACUUCCUGGAGAUUCAGGCUGCAUAUGAAGCCUUGAGUCAGCCCAGGAAGCCUAGGGAAUCCUGA